GUGCUGGAUUUAUUUUCUCAAGCAUAAGUCAGAGGCUGCUAAUGUCUUUCGGAAGUUCAAAGCAAAAGUAGAAAAUGAAGCUAACUGUAAAAUUCAGUCCGUAAAAACAAAUAAUGGAAGGGAAUACACUUCUUACUAGUUCGACAUGUUAUGUGAGGAAGCAGGGAUUCAUCAUCAGCUUACUACUCCCUAUACUCCACAACAAAAUGGAGUAAGCGAGAGAAGGAACAUAUACAUUAUGGAGAUGACCAGAUACAUGUUGCACGAGAAGAACUUGCCAAAGAAAUUUUGGGCAGAGGCAGCAAAUACAUCAGUUUUUCUUCAAAAUAGGCUUCCCACAAAGGCAGUGAAAGACCGAACUCCAUUUGAAGCUUGGUAUGGAUUUAAACCAUCGUUAAAUCUUCUUAAAGUGUUUGGUUAUCUCUGUUUUUCCUACAUUCCUCAGGUUAAACGAGAUAAACUAGAUAAAAAAUCUUUCCCAGGCAUUUUUAUUGGAUAUAGUUCAGUUUCAAAGGCAUAUAAGGUCUUCCAACCACAAACUUAAAAUAUAAUCUUUAGUAGAGAUAUGCAUUUUAUAGAGAAUGAAGAGUGGUGUUGGGACGACUCGAAGAAAUCUGUCCUUAACACUUCUGACAAAGCAGAAAAGUCUCCUACUAAGUUUUUUGAAAAGAAAAUAUCACUCUCACGGCAGGAUGAAAUGGUGGAUCAUUUACUAGUCAAAGGUACUCGACAACUCAUUGAUAUAUAUCAGAGAUGCAAUGUAGCAGUAUGUGAACCUGCUGGGUACAAUGAAGCCAAGAAUGAUGAAAAAUGGGUGGCUGCAAUGAAAGAAGAGUUGUUUAUGAUUGAGAAGAACAUGGCUUGGGAGCUUGUUGAUCAACCUGAAGACAGAAAGAUAAUUGGGUUGAAAUGGGUCUUUAGAACCAAGCUAAAUGCUGAUGGUUCAGUGAACAAGCAUAAAGCAAGACUUGUAGUUAAGGGGUAUGCUCAAGCAUAAGUGUGGUCAAGAAGUUGGACCGAUCAAGAAGAAAUUUUCUUUGGUUUGGGAACAAGGAGGGAAAGGGGUAUCAUUUGGUAGAAUGGAAAACUGCACAAUUACACAAGGAGGCUGGUGGUUUAGGAGUAAGGAAUCUGAAACUGCAGAAUGAUUGCUUGCUCAUGAAAUGGUUAUGGAGAUUAAAUGGAAAUGAUCAUGCUCUAUGGAAGGAGGUAAUCCUGAAUAAAUAUGGCCAGACAGAGCAAUGGUGUACCAAUGCAGUAUCAACCACCUACGAAAGGGGUAUCAUUUGGUAGAAUGGAAGACUGCACAAUUACACAAGGAGGCUGGUGGUUUAGGAGUAAGGAAUCUGAAACUGCAGAAUGAUUGCUUGCUCAUGAAAUGGUUAUGGAGAUUAAAUGGAAAUGAUCAUGCUCUAUGGAAGGAGGUAAUCCUGAAUAAAUAUGGCCAGACAGAGCAAUGGUGUACCAAUGCAGUAUCAACCACCUACGAAAGGGGUAUCAUUUGGUAGAAUGGAAGACUGCACAAUUACACAAGGAGGCUGGUGGUUUAGGAGUAAGGAAUCUGAAACUGCAGAAUGAUUGCUUGCUCAUGAAAUGGUUAUGGAGAUUAAAUGGAAAUGAUCAUGCUCUAUGGAAGGAGGUAAUCCUGAAUAAAUAUGGCCAGACAGAGCAAUGGUGUACCA